AUGGGCGGCCUGCGGGCCGUCGCUUUCUGCGACCUGGUGACCGAUCUGAUACAACGCCUACUGGACACCGACAAAAAAGUCAACCUGAUUGUGUGUGGCACUAGAUCUGAAUUUCUAGUCCAGCUUUCAGCUGCUAUCCGCUCACAACGAUCUGAACCAGGCGUUUCACCACGCCAUGAUUUGCUCUCCAAGAGCAUCGGCCUUCUUGCGCACUCGGGCAGGAUCCGACUUACUUUCUGUGCAUCGCUGGAGAGCCUCAGAUCGUAUCUCGCUAUAAUGGAUCCGAUUGACGGUUGCGUCACAAAUUCAGAGAUGGGUCCAAGUCCACGGCCAUUACUUGCAAUUCUGGAUCUUGUGGCUUUACAUGCUACGACAAUGGAGUUUGCGGCUCAAGGUCUGUCGAGAACUUUGGCUGCCGCUGUCGAAGCAGCCUCUCGUGCGGAUAUGGAUUUACUUCUUUGUGAAUGUGUCAAUGCCGUUAUUCCUUCCAGCGCUGAGUGGGGAGGGAAAUUAUGGGAUACCCAAAUUCCACUAUUGAAUGGUUCAGUGCGCAUUCGCAGUGAAGGGAAUUGGGGCGGACAUUGCGUGUCAAUCAAGCAAGUUGUCCAACGCUGGUUCAUGUUUGAUGAGGAGACUCGGACAUGA